AUGUACACCUUCCGAUAUCUCCCCUUGCUCUGCUCGCUGGUCACUGCGCAACUGCGCCCUCAAUGGGUCCAUUUUGACAGUGAUGGCAUUUCGAUUGCAGCUCACCUCUACAUUCCGCCGAGCAACUCUACCUGGAACACCUCGCGACCAGCAAUUGUGGUCGGCCAUCCCCACGGCAGUGUGAAAGAGCAGAGCUCUGGCCUCUAUGCUCGUCAGAUCGCCGAACGCACCGGGUUCGUGACUCUUGCGUUCGACGCCGCCUAUCAAGGCGAGAGUGGCGGCCUGCCACGAUACCUCGAAGACCCGUAUCAACGUGCCAACGAUGUUCGGAACGCGGUCACCUACUUGGCUACCCUAGACGUGGUCAACGCGACCCGCAUCGGCGCACUGGGUGUGUGUGCCUCGGGCGGAUAUGUGCCCUUCGCCGCGCAGACAGACGAGCGCAUCCGCGCGGUCGCCACCGUCAGCGGCAUCGACCUGGGCACCCUCUACUCCGAAGGAUUCGGCAACUACGGCGGAUCGGUGCAACCCGGACUCCGCGACGAGCUCCUUGAAGCCGGACGACAGCGGAUCCGCGAAGCCGAAGGCGCGCCGCCCAACCUCACGCGUAUCUUCCCACAAACUGCCGCCGAUGUGACCUCCGAUCUGCCGGUGUUCUACCAGCAGUCGUACGACUACUACCAGACCCCGCGGGGCCAUGUGGAAACAGCGCCGAACUGGCAUCUCUGGCGCAGCAUUGAUUUGAUUGCGACGUAUCGGUCCUACGCCUUCAUGGACUUGAUCUCGCCGCGGCCGCUAUUGAUGAUUGCCGGGUCCGAGGCUGACACGCUGUAUUUUACCCAGGCUGCCAUAGAUCGAGCACAAGAACCGAAGGAGAUGUAUGUUAUCCCGGGGAUGACGCACAUCGACCUGUAUGACCAUACCAGUGAGAGUACCCCCAAGCUGGUGGAGUUUUUCACGGCGAAUUUGUAA